AGUGCAUUGUGGUAAGAUGGUGGCUGCUCCAUUGUUCGGCUGUAUGUUUGCAAGAGAAAAAAAUCCCCUGAAAGCGACCGGCAGAGGGAAUAAGGCCUGAAAUUCAUAUGUAAGUGGUUCCUCUCCUGAUCUGGAAUUAUGGAAGAUGAUGAAAACCGGGAUCCACAGCAGAACGAGUGCUCAGGGGAUGAAUCCGAAUUGGAUCAAUGCACUGAAUCUUACAGGGAGCGAGGUGCUGAGCAGGUACAGCUGAUCCUACAGCCACUGGGGAGGAGCCCACUCGAUAAAUGGACCGAGUGCAACACUUCGAUGCGGGCUAACUGUAGCACCCCGCCGUGUGUGCAGCAAGUUAAGAACACUCUGCAGCACUUAAGAGAUUUGAAUGCAGCCACUCGACAGCCAAAUGACUGUGGAAAAACAUGUCAACGAGAUUCCAGGAAGCAGAAACAGAUUAGAAGGAGGAAGACAUGCACACCAGCAGGUUCAAAUGCCGUCACUAGGAGCUCACCAGAGAUUGCAGUGGCUGGUCUUCACAGUACAACUGGUAAUGGGAAUCCGGAGAAGGAAGUGGUGUCUGUUUUACUGUCCCACCUCACCAGUGCACUGCAACAUAUCGGAUCCACAUAUGGAGCCACUUUCCGAACACGGCUGAAUCCAGAACCUGAGCCUGUUGCAGAUACGGGAGCCUCUUAUUUUAGCAGGUUGGAGUCGGAAAGCACAGAGGCCACGAGCGACCUGCAAGAGGAUGGCAUCUCCAGUCUUGGGAUCCGCGUUGUACAUCACCCAGGGUUUACGCUUAAGAAAGAUCGAGCCUGGAGAUACAAAAAGUCAGUGUCUGCCAGCCUUCCGUCUUCAUCACAGAGGGUACCAUUUCACAGCAUCUUGGGAGAAACUUUACCUUACAGAGAUUGCUUAUGCAGUGGUGGUCUGUCCAGCAUAAGAGACAAUGCAACCCCAUCUGUGGAGUCCCAUGACGUUAAAAAGACAAACAAAGGAUUGCAUUUAUUGGAUCGAUAUAUGUUGUCACCAGCAUCCUUGGAACUUUUGAGACCAGGCUUGCUGAGGAACAUGAGCAGCCUAGAGGAAACUGAAACUUUGGGGAUCUCUAGAAUGAGAAACACAGAACUAAGGACAGAGACAGGUAGUCAGCCAGUGACUAAAGACUUCAGAACCCCAGUUUUCUCCCCAGAUAAGGAUUUGGGAAUGAAGAGAAAACUGGAUCUGUUGGACGUGGAGCUCAACUGUCUAUCUCAGAGAAGCAGUGGGCUUGGUGAAAUUGCAAAUCCUAGCACAGAUCAAAAAUCGUCAGACUCUCCUUUAAAAAGGCUAGUGGGUGAUUCCCAGAGCUCUCAAUGCUCUGAAGGAGCCUACUGGGGCCUGGUUCUUGGGAAUGGCAGUGGUAUUUCAAAUGGUCAACAAAGACCAUUGAAUGGAGGUGGGUGCUCCAACUCAGGGAACCAAUCAAGUUCAUCAAGUGUGUCUCAAACAUGUCCGGAAAAGGCUGAAUCCAGCUCUGUCCCUUGCCAGCAGAACGUUACAAAUCGGAUUACUUGUUCCGACGGUCGAUUGGGGCCCGAUACGUAUGACCCAUUCAGUCCAACUGAUGAGGAGAACGUCAAUGGAGAGUUUAUGGGUGGUGACUUUUCCCCAAAAGACAGGAUUGAAUUGGAUGACGGUGAGGAGGAAGCUGAGGAAGAGGAAGAGGAUGAGGAGAAAUACGACCCUUUUGAUCCCACAGGGUCCAUUGCAAGUUCUAACAAUUUAAGCCCAUUAGGAGAUGAUUCAGAAGGUGAGCUGAAAAUUGUUAGCGAUGCGGGACUAACUGAAGAAGAGGAUUGUGAGAGUCCUGAGUACGAAGAAGAUCAGUCACCAGAAUCAACAACGUGUGCUCUGUCAGACGUGGAACUGCAGAUUGACUGUGGGAAUGUGGUCAAAUCCAGUCUAGAACCUGACCUCUACAGCUCCCCCGAGUACAGAGAUUUGGAAUCUGAACUCCAGACAGGUUUUGCAGAAGGGUUAAGCUGUGCGAUCAAAAAUGAAUUUGAAAGUGACUCCAAACUGCAGAUCAAUGUUCAGCUGGACUCUGUCUCUCAACAAGAAAUUGAAUCUAUUGACUCAGAAAAUGAUAUUCAGUCUCAAAACGAACUGGCUAGAGAGGGAACUAGCGAUGCAAUGUUUGAAGAUGAGGAGCCAUUGCUGUCACCAGUUGGAAUUGAUUAUAGUUUAAUGCAGAGUCCGGAUCCCAAUUUACAAAUUGAGAAUGAAACAUUGAAGCUUUCCUUGAAAUCGACGCAGAAAGAAGUCUUAGUCUGCUCCUUGCAGGAGGGAGACCUUUGGAAAAAUGAACACACAAAAGAACUGGGUCUUGAAGCAAAGACCAUUUCUGGCCCCUUGGAAACAGCUAAACAAGAAACAGGUGCAGAUUCACUCGGUGCCCCCAGGUAUCAGAAAAACUCUGAAAGGACCAUCUCUGAGCCACUGGAAUCGCUGGAAUCCCAGAGCCGGUUAAAGGCAAAAUCAGGCUCAAGCAGCCGUGUCACAUCCAAGUCUGCAUCGAGGCAGCGGUCAAGAACUGAAGUGGUUCGGAAGGAUAAAUCUGAUUCCAAAGUGCAUUCAAAGGCGGAGCACAAAAGUAAGUCUGCUUCUGCCUCCAGGUAUCACCACAAAUCCCGCCGUACUGUUGAAAGAAAAGACAACCUUGUUUUCACGGUGAAUGUUUCCAAAUGGCCAGAGGAUGCACGUAAAUACGAAGACUCUGAAAUCGAAGAAGGCGAGAUCGUGCAGCAAGAUGAAGAGAACUUCAGCCCUGCUAGAACCUUUCGCAGUCGCGGACGAAUCUUUGAGCGUCUGAGGGGAGUUGAAGGAGAUGAUUUUAUAUCUCUGCACGCCGAUUCUGAUGAAGGGGCACUGCAGAUAGAUCUGGGCGAGAACUCAGCAGACGGAGGGCGCAAGAAAGUGGAUCAGCGAAGAAAAGUGACAAACCAGCAGAGGGAGAGGUAUGUGAAACAGUCCAGGUCGCCAGCAGAGUCCAAGACCCAGUCUGGGUCGCAUUCAGAAUCCAGCUCCCGCAGCCGGAAAAAGCACAAGAGAGAGCACAAAAAGGCUCGGUCAAAAGAUCGAAAACGAUCCAGGUCCCAUUCGAGGGAACGUAAAAGAUCCUCAUCUAGAAACAGGUUGCGAAUCCAUCGCAAAAAAUCCAGAUCCAGAUCCAGAUCCUGGGAGCGAAGGAGGUCAAAUUCCAGGUCACGCCAUAAGGUAUCUCGGUCUCGGACACGUUCUAGAGAGCAUCGUAGAUCGAGAUCGUGGUCACCGUCCAACAGCACUAGCGUAUCAGCGAUCGGGUCUCUGAGGGCUUCAGCUGAGAGGUGGAAAAGCCGUGUGCCCCAGUCAAAGGAGAGCGGGUCAUUCCAUCGUUCCCGGUCAAGCAGCAAGUCAAGAAAGGAAAGGAGGAAGAAAGAGAAACACCGGGAACCGGAAGCAGUGAAACGCCGGAGGCAGUCCAGGUCCAGAUCCAAAGAGCGGUCACAGAGGGAGAAGAGAGCACUUAGCCCUUCUCCAAGAAGAUCAAAAGAAAGGAACGAGAAAGAGAAGGACAGAAGUAGAGAGAGAAACCCCCCAAGUGAAAAGAAACACGAGAAGACUGCAAAAGGAAGGCGGGACAGCAGAAUUGUGGUUCCCCCCUCCAUUCAAGAACUAAACGAUGAUGAUAUCUUAAUUAAAGCUCGCUCAAUUACCAGGACCAUUACUGUGAAUCCAGGUGAGUCUUUAGAAGACCAAGAAGAUCCAAUGGAGGUGGCAGCUCUGUCUCCAAACCGGGAAGCCAUGUACGACUCAGACGAGUUGGGCUUUGAGAACAGUUUCUCUGAUGUUGAGGCUGGGGACCACGUGCAGGAGAGCAGGGUUCCUGGAAAGGGGCAAGGGAGCAAGAACGAGAGGCGCAGCAGUCACGAAAAAAGCCAUCGAACAGGAGACCCUGGUACAAAACUCCUCAAAGUCAAAGACCGAAAGCGAGCUCAUGCAGAUGAGAAGUCGGGCAAGGAGAAGCGAAGGAAAAAGCUGACUGACGGGCAAAAGGGGACAACAGGGUCGGAUAGCUUGAAGGCAGAGAAGAAGGGGAAAGAGCAUUUGAUUGGCGGCCAGUCUGGGAAAAAGGUCAAAUCUGUGCCCAAGGAAAGCAAACAGGUGCCGAGGAAAGUGAAGCUCCAAUCCAAAGUAGCUGUUCUAAUCCGAGACGGGGUGAGUUGCGCUGCCUCAAUGAAGGAUGACCGUGGGAAAGGGGGAGGCUUGAUUGGCGUGAAAUUCAGCCGCGAUAGGGAGAGCAGAUCGCCAUUCAUGAAGACCGAGGACCAGAUCCAUGACUCAAAGCCUGGCCGGCACCGAAUUGACAGCUCGGAGAGCAAAGGCAUGGCCUCGCGAGCGCCAAAGGGAAAGGCCGUGACCAAGCCCCGUUCCACGGCCAAGAAAACAAAAGCAGCUGGCACCAAGGUGAAGGGCUCCGGGAAGAAGAAGAAGGAAGCCAAGCCGAAAACGGCACUGAAGAAGGCAGCGACUCUCAGUGGCAGCAGUAGCAGCAGCAAAGAGUCCAGUCCCUUCAGGAUCAAGGAAGAGCUGUCGUGGUCUUCGUCAGAGAAGUCUGACGACAAGGUCAACCUCCCGAGCCCGACAAAGGACACGGUGGAGCAGGGGCUGUCUCCCCUCUCUCAGAUCUCAGAGAGUGUCCCCCAGCCCUUGGAGGCUGCCUUCACACCAAAGGAGCCAACUGUCCACCAGCCCCCUCCCCCACCCCCUCCGCAGCAACAGAAGGACUAUCACGAGCACAGCGACACUUCGAAGGUCAAUGGAGACAAGCCGAGAGCACCGAGCAAACCAUUGUCGUGGGAUCUCCAAACCGGUGGAGGAAUGUUAGCACUUACUGCACUGCUGUUCAAGAUGGAGGAAGCCAAUCGAGCAAAGGCCCAGGAUUCUAUUCAAGCAAUCACCCAGAUUCUCAGCCAGACUAAACCCCCCGUACCACCAGUGUCGACCAGCCUCUCUUCCCACCUUCCUGCCACCCAGCCGGCGCCCAGGUUUCUCCGCCAAGGCUCCUUGUCAAUGUUGGGCUGCUCAGCAGGGCUGCCUACACUGUCAGUUUCUACAGUCCAGCCCCCGACUACCAGUUCCGCGAAGCUGUACAGCACGUUGGAGAGCACAGAGCCCAGCAAGGUGGAAGGGACCACCAGCACUGACAGCAAUAUGGACAGCGACAGGUACCUGAAGAAGCUGCACACGCAGGAGCGUGCAGUGGAGGAGGUGAAACUGGCCAUCAAACCCUUCUAUCAGAAAAAGGAGAUCAACAAGGAUGAUUACAAAGAUAUUCUCCGCAAAGCAGUACACAAGAUCUGCCACAGUAAAAGUGGCGAAAUCAACCCUGUCAAAGUUGCCAACUUGGUGAAAGCGUAUGUGGAGAAAUACAAGUAUGCACGAAGGCACAGCAAGAGACCAGAGGAAGGAGGACGCCAGAGCAAUGGGAAGGAGGCUGGGAAGUUAGACAAACAUGGAAAAGCGGCAGCACAGACGUAAACAGGAACGAGAGACAGUUUUUAUUAUUUACCAGAAUUCAAUAAUUUUGCGCACCUCCUUUUAUUUUCAUUUUAAUAAGUGUGAAGACUUUUUUUUAAAAAAGAAAACUUUAGUAAGUCAUUCUGACGUACCUGGGUUUAUCUCAUUGUGGCAGUGCCUAAUGAUCCUGAAUUAGAUGUAAGAAACUUGGGACACUUUUAAUGAAAUGCUGAGGGGUGGGGAGGGAGGGAGGGGGCGGAAUAUUCUUAGAAAGUAAAGGACAAAACAAGAACCUUUUGAGAACUGUUUACUGUAUCUCCUGAUGGCUGUAUAUAAGAUAGGAGCCACUGGCAAGCUUUCUCAUCUUCUCUCGUGUCCUGUUGAUUUUUAUUUGUUUUUCUCUUCUUCCUCCUCCUCUUUCCUUCUUCCCUUCCCUCCCUCCCAUUUUCUUCAUGCAUGAAGUUUUUUUGUAGGUCAGUGAAUUCCAUACAGCUGCACUGUCUUUUAAAUGGUAAUAAACAAUAUUACGCAGUCAGCCAUUCUGAGAGAAGGCGAUGUAUCAGAGAGAAAUGAUUUUUCCUGUUGAUGUCUAUGUUAUUCUUUACCCUUUUGGAAAAAAAAUGGUAUAUAUAUAUACAUGUAUAGUACAAUGUUGGAAAAUGGCAGGGGUGAAUUGAUUAAGUAUUUUCAUUUGCGCAUUUUAACUAAGGAAAUAAUGAGGAUUGUACUGGUGAGCACUGUCUCAAGGUUGCAGUCUCUGGGCACUUUUAUGUUCACCAUCCACCUGAUACUGGAGUUAGUGGCCCUUGAGGCAUCUGUGGCCAAAUAUUUUCAUCCACUGCGAAUCACUGUUGUAAAGUGAGUGUUGGUUCUUGGAGAAUGAGGCUGUUUUAUUCUGUAUUAGGGACUGUCUAAUUACACAUGUCCAUUUUUGUUAUAGCACCACGCCACUGUCUUUCUCCCCCAGAGCCAUUUGUGAGUGUCAGGCAUUAGGCACAAAGUCCACAGAAGAGAUGGGAAAACUUGUUUAGACUCUCUGGUGAACUCUGCGGCCCAGGGUUAUGAGUCUCAUCCCCAAGAGAGAAUUGAGGAACGCUUGUGAAGAAUGAAGGAAUGCCUUUAGUUUGCAAUUUCUUGCGAUUACUUUUCCAACCAAAAAAAAAAGCAAAAGAUUUUGAACCCAGAUAUUUUACUGUAAGCUCGGGCAAUCAAUUGGCUGUGACCACCCCCACCCCCUUGGGCUCUCUGGGUUUCUGAGAGGGAAUUUAGGCAACACUGUUGUUUUAAUUUUAGUGCUUUUAGUCAGUAAGAGUACACCAUUCCCCUUCCCAUCUCCACCACCACCCCCCCUUCUCAAUCUGCUGCCAAUCAUGUUACAGAAUACGGGAUUAACUCAGGCAACUUGCCAGGCAACGCAACCCAGUUGCGCACCUCAAGGUUGAAUUGCCACAUCUGACUCUGUUGCUGUAAUUUGCUUUUUAGUUUCUGCACAGGAAGAGUCUCUAGCUCAAAGGUGCAAAGAAGUGCAGUCGUCUUGUAUGUGUGACCUGCUUUAUAUCAUUUCUGGCAAUGUGAUAAGGGGCUGGGUUUAAGAUUUAAGCUGGGGCUGUGUCCAGUACGUACUGUUAUUUCAAGGAGUGGGUGGGGGGAGGGAGGUGAUGAAGCUGGGGAGGAGAGGGAGGGUGGGCUGAGAGAUUGUGUGGUGACAGUGCAACGUUACCAGCCUUUGUCUGACUGUCGUUUGGUGUCGUCUAUAUUUCUGGAUGGAUUUGCCAGUGUGAGUGUGUGUUGAAAGGUGGUUAUUUGAUGAAUGAGACUGCGUGUGCGUGUGCGUGUGUGUGUGUGUGUGUGUGUGUGCGCGUGUGCGUGUGUGUGUGUCUGUGGAACCAAAGCAGGUUUCACUGACCCAAGGAGUAUAUAUAUAUUGAUAUUUGGGGUUUUGCUGGCCUUUUUAAAUACUAGAUAAUAAAGAAUGCACAUUUAAAAGGAGGCAGUAGGGUCCCCCUUGUGAAAUUACAGUAUCUCAUCAAAAACAGUUUUUUUUAGUUAAGAGAAAUAAGCUCACUGCCUCAAGAAAAUUGGACAAACUGUUUUGUAAAACAUCUAAUUUAUUUGGGCUGUUUAUAUUCGCAGUUGAGGGAGCCUGCCCUAAUGUUUCCACACCUCCCACCCUGAAUAAAAAGAAAACUAUUAAACAGUAUUAGCACCGCUGAAAUGAGGAACACAUUGAUGUUAGGAUUUGCUGAGCUGAAGGAGGUGAAAUGUCUUCAGAGUUUUAACUGUUAUCCUUGCUACACAUCCCACAUCCUUUCACCGAUGUGACUGGCAGUAUCUGAUGUCACAGCACCAAUGACUAAAUAAAUCACUGGGGAAUCAGCGAUGAUGCUGCUUUGGAUGAACUGGGCACCAAAGCAUAGGUCAGUUGCCAAAGAGAAAAGGAAUGGACAAUUAUUUUAAAAAACACCAAUUCCCUCAACCUAGCAUGGCUCUUGCUAAAAUCAGGCAAAAUGAAAUUAUUGUAAAAGUCUGAAUCUCUGUCCAAAGAGAAGUAAAUUCCAAUUGAACAGUCAUCCCCUCCCAGAAGUGAUAAUGCGCCUGUUAUUGUUGGAUUGGUGGGGAGGUGGUCAGUUUGUGUAGACAGCUCCUGUGCUCCAUCAGCUGUGCUAAUAUUGUAUGUAUCUGCCUGUUAUUGAGAAUAUUGUAAAAAUAAAAGUCAGAUUGUUACAGAA